AUGGAAUAUCAACAAAGUGAUAAUAUUUCAAAUAUCUUUACUCAUGCUGGGAUUGAGAUUGUAGGAGUUCCAUCAAGAGUAGAGAUACUAAUAUCUAAAUAUUUAAAUAAAUUCACAGAAGACAUCAAUAAACGACUCGAUAGAUAUGAACGAAGAUUAUGUGAACUACAAAAGAAAGUUAAUGAAAUGGACAUAACAAUAAUGAUGUUAUAUACAAAGAAUGAAAUUAUAGAAAAACUUAAAGAGGAACUACAAGCAUUAGAAGUAAAGAACGAAACAUUUAUAGAUGAACAAAUAAGAAUAGAGAAAGAACAAACAAAAGAGGAAAAUGAAUUUAUUAACAAAAGAUUAAAAGAAAAUGGAAGUCAAAUAGAAACAAACACUACAAACAUAGGUUGUCUUAAUGUAAUGGUAGAAGAUAUUGUUAAAGAGAUUCAAACAAAGAAUGGAAACAAAGAAAUAGUUAGAGGAUUAGUAGUAGAAGAAAUAAGGAAAGAAUACUUACUUCGUGCUGAAAAACAAAUAAAACACUCAAAAGAAUUUAGAGACAAAACAAUAAAUAAUAUCAAUAUACAGGACAGUAUAGAAAUAAAACGUUAUGACUAUAAAAUAAUCAAAGGAACACAAAUUAAUAAACUAGAAGAAUGGACAUCAAGAAAAGUAGGAAAUAUAAUAUUUGAUUCAGAAAUAGAUAAUUGGGAUAAAGAUAAAUCAGUAUUUAAUCAAAAAAUAAUAAAUAAAGAACAUAUAAUAAUUAUUAUUGAAGAUACAAAUGGAAAUAAAUUUGGAGGAUAUGUUAAUGUGAAAAUUGAUAAAGUUAGAGAUUUCAUAUAUGAUCCAAAUUCAUUUUUAUUUUCAUUAGAAUCAAAUGGAAGAAUAGAUGAAAUGAUGAAAUUUGAUAUUAAUGAUCAACAACAUGCAUUUUAUUUAUGCAACUCAAUCAAUGGUUGUUUGUUUGGAUUUGGAGGUGGAUAUGAAGGUGAUAUUUGUGUUUAUAAAGAAAAUAAUAAAACACAAUCAUCUUGUAAACAACGUUCAUUUUCAUAUAAAGGAAUAACAAAUGCACUUUGUGGAAAACAAAAUCCAGAACGUUUCACACCACAACGAAUCAUUGUAAUUGAAAUGAAAUGA